UACAUGUUUUGCCGCGACACGGCCCAUAUUUUAAAGAACUUUCGUUCAGGCUUAUGUAUAUCCCAACAUUAUACAUUGUCAAACGUUCAUUUAUCAAUUAGCGCGUGUAUCAUACACUGGUCUGGAUUACCGUUGUGUAAUGGCGUUAAAAUAUUAUUCUCGGUUUGUACCACUUGCUCUGGUCGUUUCGGUGUUUUUGAUGGUAUUGCUGUCAUACUCAAAGCCGUUUUUCAUCACAACAGGGCCCACACCGUUUUUCGUCCCAACAGGGGUCACAACAGUAGCCAGUCCAAUACAAAUGAACUACACCAAUAGUCCAAAUGGCAUCCUUACAAGAAGUAGCAACUUCUCAACUUUGAUAAUACGACUCAAAGGGAGGCUCGGAAACAUGAUGUUCCAGUAUGCCUCUAUUCUGGGAAUUGCUGCCACGUGCAAGUUUUCAAACGUCGUAGUAGAACGCGGAGAACACUUGAGAGAAAUAUUUUCAUUUUCAAAUACUAAGGUUUCGUUUUCAGCGUCUACUAUGUCAUCAACGUCAAUACGUGAGAAAAAGUCUGGCACCUUUGAUAACCGACUCGUUACGCUUAAUAAUUCUGUUAGUUUUCGCGUCGAUGGAUAUUUACAAUCGUGGCGAUAUUUCGAAGCCAUACGGGAUACUGUUCGUAAGGAGUUUACAUUUUCAACUGAGAUAUCGAACAAAGCCUGGUUCAGACUUCAUGAUGUCCUUAAAACCUUUAAUGUUACCAAUGCAACAUUCGUUGGUGUACAUAUCAGACGGGGCGACUUUACGUACAACAAGAAAUAUGGCUUUUUGACGGCGCCACUUGAAUAUAUAAUCAAAUCAAUGAACAUCUUUUUGAACUUAUACUCGAAUCGUACGGUCUUCGUUAUCUGUUCUGACGGAAUAAAAUGGGCCAAAGACGCCCUGUCAAACGUAACAUCAAGCUAUAACAUGUAUUUCAUGGAGGGUAACUCUGCGGAAGUUGACAUGGCAAUUCUAAGCAAAUGCAACCACACCAUCAUUACGACCGGGACAUUUAGUUGGUGGGCGGCGUGGCUGGCGGGAAGGUACGACGACUGUCUACAAGAAGCAGGCGUGGGAAAACACGUUCUUAUGGACUCAAUUUAAUUACACAGACUACUUUUAUCCGUGCUGGUUACAAAUAUAUUGACUGGUUUGCGCAAUGCCUGCAAACAUAUUACAUUUGUAAUAAUUUGUGGGUUGCUGUAAGAAAAGUUUUUAAAAAUAUUUAGCGUAAAGUACACGGAACUAUUUUCAUUUAGUUUAUGUGUUGGUCGAUUUUUUCCGCUGCUAUCAAAUAUACUUUUCUGGAGUAUUUUUUUCUUGUUUUUCCUAUUGUGCAUGUGCAGCCAAAACAGGCUAAUCAGGGACGACACUUUACGCACAUGCAUUAAACCCUCUUUUCACAGAGCACGGCUAAUAUAUAUCCAGAAGAACAGAGGUUUCUCUGCUUGAACCGUGUAGACUAUUUAAGAAACAAUGAAAAUUAGAUUGAUUUGGAAUGAGAACAUGUCCAUGUUGCAUACGUUUAUACUUGUUAUACUUUCUAACCAGAUCGCCGAAUGAGUGCGACAGUUUGCGAUGUUUACAGACGUAGGAGUAAUUUAUUCGUGAAACCUUUAUAUUGUGUAAAUUACUUAAGU